AGAAGACGACUGGAUAAUAUCAUCAAUAUUAUUAUUAUUAUUAAAAUAGUCGCUCCUUAUCAGCCCAAGCUUUAUUAUUUAUACACAUUUUUUGGGUUUAUAUGUACACAACCUGGACCGACGUGAAGGUGUCUGAGAUGAUGCGUGCAGCUCGUAGCCCCGCCUCCGUCCCCUCCGUCCCCCCCGGUCCUGGUACCCCGGACCUCAGCCUGACCGGAACCCGGGUCCCCGCGUCCAGGAGGCCCGGCAGCGGCAGUGGCGGGUCGCCGUCCACGGGACCGGGGAGGAGCUUCUCCCGGUCGGUGUCGGUGGCCGGAGACGGCCGCGGAAAACACAACACGCUGGGUGACGGUGGCGUCGGCGGCUCGCGCUCCAGCAAGAACCUGAGGAGAUCCAGCAGCAGCACGACGGUGCACCAGCAGGCCGGCAGCACCCUAAGCCAGGAGCGCCCGGACGACUACCUGGCUCUGUUGGACGGCGGCUCCACCGGACGCAGGAAGCUAGCCGGCCUCAGCAAGAUCUCGGCGGACAGAACCACCUGGAACAUCCUGGACGACCAGCCCAGAUCUCCCCCCCAUCACCCGGGCCCCCGCAACGCCGGCAGGAAGAGGGAGCCCGGCAUCGCGCUAGCCGCCACCUUCACCGCCAACAACCGGAGCAACAAGGGCGCUGUAGGAAACGCCGUCACCACCAUCCUGCACAACAACUACUCCGACAAGCCGCUCACGCCCAAGAGCUCCAACCAGAGGCCGACGUUCAACAACAUCCUGAAGGCGUCGGUGAGCGACGAGCCGCCUCCGGAGGACGACUCUGUCUCCAGAAACUCCGUCUCCAGGUCCCAGAAGAACUUCUCAUCCUCGUCGUCUCCUUCGUCCAGCAGAUCCCCGGCGACGGCUCGGCGCCGCAGCAGCCCGGACCAGCCGCGGAGGACGGAGGUGUCGGAGGAGGAGGCCGAGAGGUUCAUCCAGCAGGUGAACCGGGCCGCCGUCACCAUCCAGCUCUGGUACCGACGUCUGUCCAGGAGGAAACACGCCGACCGGGCCGCGGCCCAGCAGAUCCUCGCUGACAGAAAGGAGUCGGGGGGGAAACAGGAGGCCGGUCGCCCCGAGCAACGGAGGAAGGUGGAGGACAGGAAGAAGAUCCGGGAGGAGAAAGCUCGACUGGCCCGACUUGCAGCUAUCCAGGAGCUGCACCAGAAGAGGGAGCAGCACCAAACCCUGGAGACGCAGCCUGACGCCGAGGCGGAGCUGGAGACUCAGAACAACACAGACUCGGGGCUGAACCUCGGAAACCUGAGCUUCAGACCCGCCUCUCCGGCCUCGUCCAAUCACAGAGGCUCUCAGAGUUCCCAUCCGUUACUGUCGGAGCAGCAGGCCAGAGCUUCAGGAGCUCCAGGAGCUUCAGGGGCAUCAGGGGACGACAGGAAGCUAACCCGGAAAGAGAGGAGCCGUCUACCUCCACCCUCUUCCUCCCAGCAGGUGGAAACGCAGCAGGCUGGAAACCCGAGACCGGCCGCUAACGAGGGAUCUUCGUCCGUCGGUGCGACUCUGAGCAGCUCUCCAAUGCCCCCGCCGGACUUGAAGACCAGGAACAAAGACUCCGGGUCAGGUGUCCUGGCCGACAGUUUGGGGGACGAUUCUCCGGCUUUAACCAACCGACGAGGAUCCCAGUCGUCUCAGCACCAGGAGGCUCCGUCCAGAACCACCCUGACGGAGCUGCUGGACACCCUGAAGCUGCUGGAGGACGAGUCGGCGCCGCCGGGGCGCUACCACAAGGAGAAGUACGCCUGGAUCGACCAGGACGGAGACUCCACCUGCCUCACCACCGAUAACCUGGAGUGGCACGGCACGCUGAGUCACCGUCCGGUGCUAGCGGACCGCGGCACGCUGAGUCAUCAUUCGGUGCUAGCGGAGCACGGCGCGCCGAGUCACCGUCCGGUGCUAGCGGACCGCGGCGCGCUGCUGUCGGAGGCCAAACUGCAGAGCAUCAUGAGCUUCCUGGACGAGAUGGAGAAGUCGGAGCAGGAGAGACCGAGAUCCCCCACCCCGGGGUCGCACCGAGAGGCGCUGCUGUCCGAGGACGACGUGGCUGGACUGGAUCACGCGUCGGCCACGGCCGCCGAGGUCUCCGGCUCCAUGCUGAGGAUCCGGAUGGAGCUGGAGGAGAAGAAGAGGAGCGUUAGCAUGCUGCAGACGGCGCUGGCCCAGCAGAGGGAGCUGACGGAGAGACACAUGAGGGACCUGGAGACGGAGCUGAACAGGAACAUGCAGCUGCAGAAGGAGCAGUACGAAGCUACGAUCCAGAGACACCUGACCUUCAUAGACCAGCUCAUCAGUGAUAAGAAGACUCUCUCCCAGCGCUGCGAGGCCGUGGUGACGGAGCUGAAACAGAUGGACCAGAAAUCCAGCAGGAAGAUGGAGCAGAUGCAGCAGCAGCACCAGAUGGAGAUCAAGAAGCUGAAGGAGGUCAUGAGCGCCUCGGAGAAGAUCCGCCGGGAGAAAUGGAUCGACGAGAAAACCAAGAAGAUCAAGGAGGUGACCGUCAAAGGGCUGGAGCCGGAGAUCCAGAAACUCAUCUGCAAGCACAAGCAGGAGCUGCAGAAGCUGCGGACGCUGCACGAGGCGGAUCUGCUGCAGGCGGACGAGCGCGCCGCGCGGCGCUACGUCCAGCAGACGGAGGAGCUGCGCUGCCAGCUGGAGAGAGAACGGGAGGAGCAGAGCCAGAGAGAGAGGGAGCAGGCCAAGCAGAGGUUUGAGAAGCAGCUGCAGGAGGAGCAGCUGCUCCUGCAGCUGCAGAGGAGGCGUCUCCACCAGGAGGUGAACGAGGAGAAGGAGAGGCUGGCCACGCUGGCCGCCAGGCAGCGCUCCGAGCUGGAGGAUCUCCGGCAGCAGCUGGAGGAGAACAGUUCCCUGGCCGGCCGGACGCUCCGGGAGGAGCUGGACCGGACCCGGAUGGAGCAGGAGAGACGGCACCAGGUGGAGAUGAAAGUUCUGCAGGAGCGUCUGGACCUGGAGAAGCAGAGCUGGGAGGAAAGUUACAAGUCCAGAGAGGAGGCCUGGAUGCUGAGCCGCGAGCACGCCCUGAAGCAGGAGCUCCGGCAGGACCGGGACAAGGAGAUCCAGCGAGCCAUCUGGACGCUGGAGGAGGAAACCAGCCGGGACAAGGAGGAGUGUGAUCGGGCCGCCGAAAGCAGGGUGAAGCGUAUCCGGGACAAGUACGAGGCGGAGCUGAGGGAGCUGGAGAAUUCGACGAGGGCGGCCGUGGCGAAGCAGCAGGAGCUGAGGAAGCAGCAGGUGGAGACGGACGGAGAAAUGAUCCGGCUGCAGGCGGCGCUACGGCAGAAGGAGCAGGAGGCCGAAGACGUCACGCGGAGCAGGGACAAGCUGGCGGAGGAGCGCCACAGCCUGGCCGAGGUGAUCCGGCAGGAGUUCGCCGAGCGCCUGGUGGCGACGGAGGAAGAGAACCGGCAGCUGAAGACGGAGGUGUCGGAGGUCCGAGCCCGGCUCCGGUUGGAGGUGGAGAGGAUCAGCCGGGAGAAGGAGGAGGAGCUGGCCGAGGUGCAGCAGCGGGUUAAAUCAGCCGUCAUGAAGAAGGAGGAAACUGUGAACAACCUCCGGAAGCAGCACGAGGCUGCUCUAAAGAGAGCCGACCACCUGGAGUCCUUGUGGGAGCAGCAGAGGAAGCAGCUGCAGCACAAGUGAGGGGUUUCUGCAGGGGCUAAACCGGGUCUACCGGUUCCACCAUUUCCACCUGGCUCCUGCAGGUUUCUGCGUGGUCUCCAUCGACUCCACCAUCUUCAUCUGGCUCCACCAGCUCCACCAUCUCCACCUCCGAGCCGUUGGGCUGCGGUUUUCCUCCCUGCAGGUGUGAACAUGUGGCCUGAACUCCGUCCUGGACCUGAAACCACAAGUCCCUGCCCCCCAAACCCCCCCCUUAGACACCAAGAACUGGUUGGAGCUCCACCCUCGUCACCCAGCAGUCCCCCCAUGGAGCCCCCACCUCCGUUCCUCCACCUUCACCCCCCCUGAAGUUCCUGGUUGAUCAGGUCCAGAUGUUCCUGACAGCAGUAGGGGGGGUUGGUGGUGUUUCUGCUGGUCUCCCUGUAAUCAGUGUCGCCUGCAGGCGCUAAACCCCCUAAACCCCCACCCCUGUUAACGCCCCCAACAGCUACGACACCUUCAGUCUUUAGAGAUUUAAAUCUAAAGUUGGUGAAACUCCAACGUGAGGGUUUGAGGGCCUGAAGGAAGUCGGGGGGAGAAAGAAAGUCGGGGGGAGGAAUGAGGGAAUGAAACCAUGAAACCGCUGCAGAGGAAGAAUGUCUGAGGUUUGAGGUCGGAUGAUUGCAGCUCUGAGUUUCUCUGUUUAUCUGAGGCUCCAGAGAGGAGGAAGGAGGAAGGAGCCGUCGUUGGGCCUUUUAUUUUUAUUUUACUGGCAGGACUGCUAAAUGCUAGUUUUGGUAACGGUUGCCGGAGCCGAGACGUCCAAAUAUCUGAAUGUCUAAAUGUCUGAAUGUCCGAAUGUUUGAAUGUCCGAAUGUCCGUGUGUCCGAAUGUUUGAAUGUUUGAAU